GUAGCGUGUAGGCACAUUGUCCCAUAAACUUACAUCAGUAAUAUUACUGACCAACCCUAAAUAUGCAAAACGCAAAAGUGUGAACAUUACAGGAUCGACUCCACUAAUAUAACGCGAUUUAUAAACGUAGCAGUGUUUGUAAAAUUAGCUAUAAAUUGAUUAUACCUAACGAAUGUGCCUGUUACAUCAUGGAGAGGAUGAGCUAGCUAGCUACCAUGAGGUUAACUCUACGGUAAUGUCAAAUUUCAUAACUGCUCACCCGCAUUAGCAAGCACCAAGUGACUUUCAGAUAAAUGUGACAGUUCCUGUGUUAUUGUACCUGAUGUCUGUCGUGAUGUCUGCUCUGUAUCGAAGCGUCCCGUUCAGUCGUUUUUCCAAAUUACAAAAACAAACCGGUUUGGUACAGCUCUUGAGAUUUGAAUACAAUGCGCCUCCUCCACAGUGGAAGACACCUGGACACACAAACAUAACACAGACAGCAACUAACAUGAGUACCAUGGCUAGUAAGGCAGACAAGAUGAACGUUUUUUGUUCGAGGUGUCUGUCAAGUAAAGCUUCAGCUCUAGAUGGAAAAGAUCGAGUGAAGAGAGUUUCUAUCGAAGGCAACAUAGCUGUUGGAAAGUCGACAUUUGCAAGACUCUUACAGACAGCCUGUUUAGACUGGGAAGUGAUGGCGGAGCCUGUCAGCAAGUGGCAGAACAUUCAGAGUGAGACCUCAAAGGGGACAGACACGUCCCCCGAGACGACAGUAAGCAACCUGCUGCAGAUGAUGUAUGAGGACCCCCAGCGCUGGUCGUACACGUUCCAGACGCAUUCGUGUAUGAGCCGACUAAGAACUCAACUGCAGCCUCCCCCAGCUCGCCUGCUCAGCUCAGAGGGAACACCUGUCCAGGUGUAUGAGCGCUCAGUCUACAGCGACAGGUACAUCUUUGCCCUGAACAUGUUUGAGUUGGGUUGUAUCAACUCUACUGAGUGGGCAGUUUACCAGGACUGGCAUUCCCUCCUGGUGGAGCAGUUUGGACACCAGGUGGCGCUGGAGGGCAUCAUCUACCUCAGAGCCCCACCAGAGAAAUGCAUGGAGCGCCUGGAGCACCGGGGACGGUCAGAGGAGAAGGAAGUGAAACUGGACUAUUUGGAAAAGCUUCACGUUCAACAUGAGAAGUGGCUUGUUGAGAAGAGCACUGAGAUACAUUUUGAGAAGUUGAAACAGUUACCUGUGUUACAACUCGAUGCCAGUGUGGAGUUUCAGAGCGACCCAGAGGUGCGGGAGCAAUUUAUUACAAAGGUCAAGAACUUCUUCAAUGCUUUGUGAGACCACAGUCAUCAGCUUACAUCAGCAGUGGGAAACAGAUGACACCAGUCAGACCUCAUUCAGUCAAGUGUGUUAACUGACAUAUAAAUAUAACAUAUGAGCCUAUCAGAGUGAUGGAAAUAUAAAGUAAGAGAAAGGAUACGUCUCUUUUUGAUAAGCUGCUGCCUUUACAUGAAACACACCGGUUCAGUUUUAUCUACAUACUAAUGUUCUUCGAAAGAGACUUUUAGAUUGUUACAUUACCUCACAGCAUUUUGUUGGUUUCUUAUUUAUUUGUUAGUUUUUAGGGUCAGUGGGCACUUAAAAAAGUUAUUUAUGUUACAGUUUAUUCCACUUAAGAACUAUUGCUCUGCCUGACACAGUGAUUCACAAAUACGAGUGAUUGAAACACUGAUCAGUUAAGUGAUUUUAAAGCUUGUGUAAAUUAUAAACUACGCCUGUGUUAUCACUACACGGUUUACUGAACAUCACACAGUUUCGGUGCAUGAUAUUAUUUUAUACAUUCCUGAAUGGCUAGAACUAGCAAACAAAGACAAAUUGUAUAUUUGUCCUUCAAUAAAAUAAACAU